CUCUGCUCUCUCUCUCUCUUCUACACAAUCUUCACCACUGCAACCACCACUACAUCAUCUAACUGAUCCUUUUCCUCUCUCUGACCCUCCAUUUCCUGCGCCGCUUUUGUGUCUCUUGUGACACCACCAGCCUUUUUCCCUGAGAGAUCUUCAGACAUUCGAAACCUCCAUACAACUUCUGCUCUCCCAAUUCUAUUUGCUAGACCUUCCCCUAGCCACCGCCUCCUCCAUCCGACUCCAAAUAUGGCACCCUCCACUUUCGCAUCAGCAGCUGCGGGAGCCAAUUCAAGCCUUUCGAGGACAGACAGCGCCGAAUGGCAACGACGACCAAAUGGCGCAACCCUCACCAUGCGACGCCCUUCAUCCGCAACGAAUCCGCAACCUACUUCACGCGAUCCUUCUGCUCAGCGCGAUCCUCCAGCCGUAGCCGGGGUCUAUGUUCCGCCUCACAUGUCAAGGAACGGCGCCACGGAGCACAGAUAUUCAAAGGACGAGCUGCUUUCCCUCUACGGUGGACACCAAGACGGAGGUAUACAUGAUGCCUCGGGCCUGUUCAUGUCGGGAUGGGAUCCAAACGAUGCCACAGACGGCACUACGGUCGGUGCGGACGUUUGCUGGGAUAGUGGUGGACAUGUGCGACCGUUGGGUCUGGUCGAGUUGUCUGCGGAAGAACGCGAAGUUUUCGCAAGUACCGUCAACUCCCCCUUAAAACCACCGACACAAGCCGGAGGAAAAGACUCGGGCAACAAAGAUGGCAUGUCCAUGCGCAAGACCUCAAUAUCCCAUGGUCAGAAUGGCCCCGAUAAAUAUGGACUCUCCUCUCCGACUUCUGCUCGCCCCAACCGGCGUCGUGAGGCCGGCGACGCAUAUCCCUUCCCUUCGGCUUCCAACCCGACUCUCGGCUCCCGGCUCUCGAAAGACGACUCGGCUAACGUCACGCCCCCACCAUCGAUCCUUCGACGGCUAACGGAUUUCAAGGAUGGCGGAGAAGAAAAGGAGCACCUGCGCGAGCGGGAGGGUGCUGCUGACCUAUCUACACCGAUCAGUGGGUUUAAACGGGGCGCCGGCGGACAUGGCAACGCGAUACCCGGCUCCGGGUCUCCAUGGCCAGCGUCAUCGCCCAGCAACGCAUUCGCCCCUACGGGGACUUUCGGGAAUUUCGGGCUUGGUGGUCACGGUCAGCCUGCCGCAGGCGACAAAAGACCAGGUUUCGGCAGUAUGAGAGGCGAGAGCAGAUUCAAAGGUUUGAUGAAAGAUGCCACGGAGGACCCACCGUCUUCGCGCGGGGGCCACGAUCGACAGGCCGAGCUAGAAACGGACCGCAUCCAAUCGUGGAUGGAGGCGCGCACUCGCCGAACAACGAGCAAUAUCACCGACCCUUUCCCUGACGACGAUGGACAAAGCGGAAGUGCCGCUCUACUCGAGGAAAGCUCGCCCCAUGAAGUCUCUAGCGUCGGCACUUCGAGCAGAGUUGAGACCAGAGGAGGUCCAGGAUUGGCUGCCUUCGGCAUGACAGCGGACAACGCUGGUUUCUCUCGCGAUGUGCAGCACGAGACGCCUGCCAAACAGAAGGCCCCGCAAGGGACGCAUGAACCAAUGAGUCCUACCGAUACCAACCCAUACCAGAGUCCCGAUCAUGAGCGUACCGAUCACGAUGAAGCUGCCAUGAAUGGUUCGGAUAUUCUUCAGAAUCGGCUUCCCCGGCUUAGCGAAUUCAGCGCCGAUCCUAACAUGACAACUCUACCUGGCCUUGGAUCAAUUGGUGGAUUCGGACGGACCCAAGUCACAUUCGAUCCGGCCGGCAGUGAUAGGAGCCAGACCUCUAGCGCAGGGCCUUCGCGAGGCGGAUUCCCUAACCUGGGUGGACUUGGAGGGCUCCCUGGACUCGGGGGUCCCUCGGGAUGGUCCAAUGCUCCCGGCACUUCCACACCCUCAAAAGAGCGCGCUGGAUUCGCGUCUUUCGGAGAUGGGAUGUUCGGUUCCAUGGCGGACCUUCAAUCGCCCAAUUUGGCAGGGCUCGGAUCAAGCAAUAUGUUUGGUCCUGGAGCUACCCCCGGGGGCGCCACGGGGACCAUCGGACGUGGCGGGAAGAUUGGUUCCCUGUUCCCACAGGCUCUACAAGACCAAAUGCGUGCAAGUGAGAUCCCUAAACUGGGCGAGGAGAAUGCCAAUGAUGGUGGUCCGUCCGUGUUUGGUUCCAUCGGAAAGCCUGGAUUCGGGUUUUCGGGUCCACCCCGGGACUCGGAAAGCCCUCUCCGAACCGCUCGGAGUUUCUUUGACGAGGUCCCUGGACCUGGGAUCCGCCCAGAAGCGCAGCAUGCUGGUAGUGAUCCGGGCUUUACUUCUCCUCUGCAGCAGCUUGGCAGCGUAUCCGCAUCGAUUCCUCCAAAUCUGGGUAUUCAACGUGGCAUCGCUCCCCAAGCCCAGCCCGCCUCCACUCCUGGAACGGGCCAGCCUCCUCCGGCCCAGCAGCGAACCAUGGUGAUGCCCGAUCGAAUGCGAUGGAUCUACAAAGAUCCGCAAGGCAACACGCAGGGGCCAUGGUCCGGCCUGGAAAUGCACGAGUGGUACAAAGCGGGCUACUUCACGGCCGAGCUUCUGGUCAAGAAAGCGGAGGAUAUAGAUUACGAGCCUCUCGCAAGCCUCAUUCGGCGUAUAGGAAAUUCUCGCGAGCCAUUUCUCGUUCCCCAAAUCGGCAUCCCACACGGGCCCCCUACCGGCCACUACGCUGGCGGAACAGGUGCUUCGGUGGGAACUCAACCUCCAUUCGCCAAUAGCUUCCCUAGCUUUGGGACCACCCUCACUGCUGAGCAGCAGAAUGCUUUGGAAAGACGUAAGCAAGAGGAGCAGUACCUGAUGGCUCGCCAAAAGGAACACCUCGCUCAACAACAGCUGCUUUCCAAGCAGAUGAUGCAGGGCCAAUCGAGCAUUCUUCCGCCGUCAUUGAACCACCAUGGCAGUGCACAAAGCCUUCAGAGCCAGCCCAGUUUCGGAUCCAUCACUUCCCCUACCGGAUAUCAACUUCCGUCUGCUCAAGGGUCCGUUCCUGGACCUCCAGGAUCUGGCUCCCUUGAAGGAAUGUAUCGCGGACCUGGCGCUCCAGGAACAUCUUCAAGCACUCAAAUCCCUCCUAUUGGCAGUGGGCCCGAUGCCCAUCGUCCCAAUGAGGUUGCAAUGAUGGAACGGUUGUCGAUCGGCCGAGGCCAACAACCUCCAGCCCAGUGGCACCAAAUGCAAACCGAUCUACAUUCGCACCAGGCUGCUGCCAUCGCGAACGAACGAGCGCGCCUUCAACGGGAACAGUCGGAAUUCGAUUCCCUUCAGCAGCGACCCGGUCCAGCAAACCAGCAAGCUCAGCUGACAUUCGAACGGCUUCAGGAAUUCCAUGACCUUCGAAAACAGAUCGAGAAUGAACAGCAGGCCGGCAUGGAUCCCUCAUACGAAGGGCAUAAUGAGCAACUCGCAGCCCUUGCCCAUCAGAUUCACCAAGCCCAGCUUGAAGCCUCGACCGCUCCGAGCCAGAUCUCGUCCCAUGAAGACUACGGCGUGGAAGAAACCAUCGCGGACAGUAUGCUUUCUCUGUCCGAGCAAGUCCAGAAGGUCGUCUCUGCAAAGCAGACCCCCACUGUACAGUCGCCUUGGCAACGGAUGGACCCAUCACAUUCUCAGCCCUUGCCGCCGCCACAGUCCAACUCACCCAUGCCUGCGCCCGUCGCUCAACGUAAACAGAACGUCGCCGAAGCGUUACACGCGGAGUCGCGUUCCCAGAAUCAGACUCCUUCCGUUGAUACACCAAGCACUUCGCUCGCGCCUUGGGCAAAAGAUGUGGCGGAACCGAUCAAAGGCCCGUCACUUAAGGAAAUUCAGGAAGCCGAGGCCAGGAAAGCCGCCCAACAGGAGGAGGUCGCGGCGGCUGCUCGUCGUGCGAUCCUGGAGAGAGAGAUGCUUAAUCAGAAAAACCAAGCUCCCGUGCCAGCUCCGGGUUUGCCUUCUAGCUCAACCUGGGGCAACGCGCAACCUCCGACUCCUCAAGCCCCAGCCGUGCCACCGUGGGCGAAGCCGACCGUCAGUAAGGCGGCACCGCAGAACAACGCACCAAAGAAGACCCUACAGCAGAUUCAAAACGAGGAAGAGGCGCGGAAACGAGCGGCCGUGGCGGCAGCAGCAGCGGUAGCGAGUACGGCGAGCCCCAGCAGCCCAUCCCCCUCCUUGUCGACCGGUAAGCGGUAUGCCGACCUUGCCAGCAAAGUUGUUCCAGCUCCGUCAAGUGCCAGCGGUGCUAGUGGUGUCGGUGGUGCUAGUGGUGCCUGGAUGACGGUUGGUGCAGGAGGCAAGCCCAAGCUUCCAGCAACUACCCCUACAGCUCCUGCUGCGAUCCGAUCCAAUAGCACGGCGAAUGUGGCGGCCGCUAGGCCUAAGCCGGUCACCAUCGCUUCACGAAGCACGACCGCAGGUUCCGGACCUAUCGGCCAAGUGAACGCACACGAAGAAUUCAAGAAGUGGGGAGUUGCCGAGCUUCGCCAUGAUCUUAAUAAGGGUAUCAAUGUUGAUGACUUUGUUCAAACGCUCCUCAGCCUCCCAUCCGAAAUGGACGUGAUCACCGAGGCGGUCCAUUCCGUGUCUCAAACCAUGGACAGCCGCCACUUCGCCGAAGAAUUCAUUCGACGCAACAAGCUUGCUGCGAAGGGCAUCGUCGAAACAACGAACACGGCGUCCCCUUCCACUGCGAGCGACAACAAAAGCGGCGGCUGGAGCGAGGUCGCGAAGAAGGGUGGCAGUGUUAGCACGACCAAGGAGGAGCCGAACAAUUUCCGCGUGGUCGCAGCGAAGAAGAAGGGCGGCAAGCGCUGAAUAUGUGGUCUUACUGUUUGCCAUGUCGAGCACCCUCGGAACAGUAAUUCCUAUUUCUCUUUUUUAAACAGCAUUGGGAGGCAUUGUCGAGCGUGCAUUUCAUGUUAGAUCCACGGUGCUGCAUAGCGGCUCUACAAGGCGAUGAUGAUGCAUCAAGAAGGGGUGGUCCGCAAGGCCGUGCGUGUACGACCAGUCUUAAAUUCAUUGUAGCAUAGCUAAAUUUUAAUCGACUCCACUACACGAAGCGCA